AUGUCAAGACCAGCCUCAAGAAACAGCCUUGAACCCCCUAGGAAGAGUGUCGAAUUGCAAGAUCCCGGCGCUCAUGAUCUGUCCUCCGAUGGUGAAGAAUACUUCUCGGAUGCUUCUGAAGGCCGAAGAAGGUCCAGACCAGUCACUCCUGCUUCACCAAUCCCUAGAACCCGCGUAGAGCGCAUCGAUAAUGAACCCAGUUAUGGCGAGGUCCCUGGAACCCCUGCCUACUCAAAGCGGAUCCUUGAUGCUGUACCCGAUGAGGUCGAAGUUCUCUCUCCUGAGCCCGGGCUCAGAAGUAAAAGAAGCAGCCAGUAUCUGGAGCCUCCCAGGAGCCCAGGGGGAACCCUCAUACCUCGCACAGUGGUGGAGAAGUUAGACCCAGAAGGCACAAGUUAUGGCGAAGAGCCGGGCACUUCUGCAUAUAUCAAGAGACAAAUGGAUGCCGCCCCAGACGUCAUUCUCAAGACACCUGCCCCAGGCAAGCGAGCAAGCUAUACUGAAGACUCCCAACCCACAUCCGGCCACCAACGCUCGACCUCCAACUUUUCUAUUCCCGAGACCAUAAUCACUCCCGUGGAUGACAAGCCUGCCCAUGGUGAGAUUCCAGGAACAGCUGCACAAAAGAAACGCGCCUUGGAUGCCUCGCCCGAUUUCCGGGAGAAGCCCACCGAUCAAGGGUCACCCUCUCUCGAAAGCUCGAUGAAACAUUCAAGAAAGGCAUCAAUGCCUCAGCACGAUGAUGAUGAUAACGACGACGAUGACAACGACGAUGGAAAUGAUGACUCCAAUAGUGAGGAGGGUCGAAACGACAUGGGAGAUGAUUUUGAUGACUUUGAGGAAGGUGCUCAAGCCGGGGCUGAUGACGACUUUGGGGAUUUCGAUGAAGAAUUCCAGGAGCCUGAAGCUGAAGCUGAAGCGGAUACUGUGAAGACACCUCCUGUAUCUACCUCACAAACCAAUUUCAUACCUGCCGAGACUUUCCCCCUGAUAAACUUCGACGCUUUAUCAUCUCUACCUGAUCUACUUGUUGCCACACAAGCGCAUCUCGAUGCUAUGUUCCCGAAGUCUACUGGCGAAAUAAUCGCAUCAAUUCAACAGCCGGAUCCUAUUCCUGAAUCAUCACCAAUUUUCCCUUCAGACCGCUCACGUUCCCUUUGGAAACAACUUGUAACACCACCUCCACUCCAACCACCCAACUGGACCCAAUCUCGGAUUAGACGACUCUUUCUCGUCAGCCUAGGAGUUCCAGUUGACUUGGACGAAAUACUACCUCCGUCGAAGCAGAAAAAGCUGAUACUCCCUGACAUCAACUUGGAACCAUCAUCACGCAAGUCUGAAUCCGACAAGGCUCUAGGAUCUGUCGCACGACUUAAGGCUCAGGCGGCCAACGAUUCCACUGGUUCAGUGGAUAGCACGCAGUCUGGUACGAAAGAGCGAUCCAGUCGUCCCAAACGUUCCAAAGGUGCACCACCACCACCGGAACUUGACCUUGUUUCUGUCAAACGACUAUGUGCAACUACGGACGAAAAACUGGAUGGAUUUACAGAUGAAGAGCUACAAGCCCACGUGAAACAGUUGACGGAGACAUCAGAGAAGACAUCAGAGUUAUUAGAAUACUGGCUCAAGAGGAGAGAUGGUCUCAGGAAAGAAAAAGAGGCUUUUGAAGGUGUCAUUGAGAACCUUGUAAGGCAUGCUAGAAGGGUGAGAAAAUAA